CUGGUGCGUCUCCGGGGUCUAUUGGGGGGGGGGGGGGGGGGCAGCGGGAACGUUCCCGGCUGGGGUUAAAAGGACGAGAGGAGGCGUGUGAGGAAGCGGGCUAUAAUAACUAUCUUGAUUGCAUAGUGAUACGCCACCGGCGCGUGUACAUGCGCUUUUAAAAUAUUACUGCAACCGUCCACAAUGGCAAGUUUAGCAUUCAACACGUGUCGCGAGAGUAAUGAAGAGAGAGAGGGAGGUUGCUAGGUGACGGCGCGUAUAUACUGAAUUUUAACAAAAUAACUGGAGAGAGAGACUGAGUGAGUGAGAGAGAGAGGAAGGGGAGGUAAGGAGGGUGGGAGAGAGCUAGUCAGCAACAUGUAGGCAGGCUGAGUAAAGAGAGGUCGAGACUGUGUGUACGUACAAUUUCUUUUUACGUUUUUUUUUUUUUUUACCUAAGAGAAACAUACCGGAGGGAAGCGUCGUGGAAAUGGGCAGCUGUGGAAUGGAUAUACAAGUGACGAAGUGCCGCAGGAAUAACAGUGUGUCUGGAUCCUGAAAAACAGCAGGGAUGGAUGCUUUACGACCAGGCAGAUUUAUAGCGGAUAAUUGAGACUCUCCUGCGUUGAAGGAUCUAAUGCAUGAAUCAGUGCAGGAGGAGUAAUGAUUUCCCAUGUUCCCUGUGGAAUGGUGGGGUUCAGGGAGGUCCUGCAUAAAGUACUACCCACCCAAGGGACUCUGGCUGUGUCAUGGCGGCGAGGCCUGCCUUUUCGUUCUUAUUGGCUGUGUUGGCGUGCACUGGGCCAGCCCAGCCCUCCCCCCCACUGCUGCUCCGCCCCCGGGAGAGAGAGAGGGACUCUGGAGGGGCUUCGGGCGGAGUCAACAUCGCUGUGGUCCACUCCGGCUCCUCCCACCUCCCGGAAACGAGCGCCGGGGUGGGGGGCGUGGGUGGCGCCUCUUCGGCGGGCUCCGGCUCUGGUGCCGGGCCAAGCAGCAGCAGCAACUCGGGGACGGGUUUUCUGAGUCGGGCCUGGUCGGGACAGGUGGGUGAGAGUGUGAUGACACCAUGGGGACCCGCAAACGUGAUUUGGCUAGCCGUGAACGAAAGCAGUCCUGGGAGCCUCUUGCUACAGUUGUGCGAGUUACUGGCUACCACUCCACUACAAGGCCUUGUGUUUGAGGAAGAGAAGCCACCACCACCCAACCGGGCACCGUUGGCACCAAUGCUUGAAUUCGUCUCGGCCCAGACAGGAGUGCCUGUGAUUGCUGUUGGAGGAGGGGCUGGCUUGGGGAGGGAGCCACAGGAGAUCGGCUCCGUCUACUUGCAGUUCUUGUGCUCCACUGGCCUGCAGCUGGAGGUUAUUUUCGAAGUUCUGGAGGAGUUUGAUUGGACGGCUUUCUCUGUGGUUACCACACGCCACCACGGCUAUGAGGACUUCCUGGCCAUGGUAGAAGGCAUGAUAGAUGGCUCCUUCAUCGGCUGGGAGAGAAAGAGCGUGGUGAUGCUCAACCUGACUGAUGACCCGGGAGGAGCUCGUACACGCAGGCUGCUGAAAGAGAAUGAAGCACAGGUGCGACUGCUAUAUUGCUCACAGGAAGAGGCGGAGCACAUUUUUAAGGCUGCAUGGGCAUCAGGGCAGGCUACUCCCUCACAUAUGUGGUUUGCGGUGGGCCCUGCUCUGUCUGGACUUGGUCUUGAGGGUCUACCCAAGGCUCUGUUUGCUGUGCGACCCCAGGGAUGGAGGGAUGAGCCGCGACGGCGAAUUGCAAAGGGUGUGUCAGUAUUGACGCACGGUGCUAUGGCUUUACGUAGAGAGUACAGCGGGGCUCGAGGGACAAGCUUUGCUGGGAACUGCGUGAUGGAUGGAAAUCAAACACAGAGGGUACCGGAUAGAAUCAGGUUCUUCAGUAACAUAACUCUAUCUGGACGGGACUAUUCCUUUAAUAAUGACGGUUAUCUGGCAAAUCCGCUCCUGGAUGUUAUCUCCUACACUGCAGGAAGAGGCUGGGAGGAGGUAGGUUGGUGGGAAAAUGGUGUGUUGCGUCUGCGUUACCCGCCCUGGUCCCGUUACGGCCCAUUCCUCAAACCUCUGGAUGACUCCCAGCACUUGCGUGUGGUUACUCUGGAGGAGAGGCCAUUCGUCAUUGUAGAGCCUGCUGAUCCUGGAACAGGCUCCUGUAUCAGAGACUCUGUGCCGUGCCGUCUGCCGCUCAACAACAGCAUGGUUGUUGAGGGCAUUCAAUCCAUGAAGCACUGCUGCAAAGGCUUUUGUAUUGAUGUUCUCAAGCGCCUGGCUAAAAUAGUGGGCUUCAGCUAUGACCUCUAUCUGGUGACCAAUGGCAGGCAUGGAAAGAACAUAAACGGAGAGUGGAAUGGACUGGUUGGGGAGGUGGUGUCCAAGCGGGCAGACAUGGCGAUCGGCUCCCUGACUAUUAAUGAAGAGAGGUCAGAGGUUGUGGAGUUCUCCGUUCCUUUUGUAGAGACUGGCAUCAGUGUCAUGGUCUCUCGCAGCAAUGGCACGGUGUCACCAUCUGCUUUCCUCGAGCCGUACAGCCCAGCUGUGUGGGUGAUGAUGUUCGUCAUGUGCCUAUCUGUGGUAGCUGUGACCGUCUUCAUAUUCGAGUUCUUCAGCCCUGUUGGAUAUAACCGAAGCUUACAGAGCGGGAAAAAGGCAGGAGGUUCAAAGUUCACCAUAGGGAAGUCUAUUUGGCUGCUGUGGGCUCUGGUGUUUAAUAACUCUGUUCCGGUGGAAAACCCGAGAGGCACCACCAGUAAGAUAAUGGUGCUGGUCUGGGCUUUCUUCGCUGUCAUCUUCCUGGCCAGCUACACUGCUAACCUGGCUGCUUUCAUGAUUCAAGAAGAGUACAUCGACACUGUGUCUGGCCUCAGUGAUAAGAAGUUUCAGCAUCCCACAGACCAGUAUCCUCCUUUGCGCUUUGGCACUGUCCCAAACGGAAGUACAGAGGAGAAUAUACGGAGCAAUUACCCCAACAUGCAUCAGUACAUGGUGCGGAACAAUCAGAGAGGAGUGGAAGAGGCCAUUGACAACCUUAAGACUGGGAAACUGGAUGCAUUCAUAUAUGAUGCGGCUGUCCUGAACUACAUGGCUCGUAAGGAUGAGGGCUGCAAAGUAAUGACCAUUGGCUCUGGCAAAGUGUUCGCUACAACAGGGUAUGGCAUUGCCUUACACAAAAACUCCCGCUGGAAGCGGCCACUAGACCUCGCCCUCCUGCAGCUAGUUGGAGAUGAUGAGAUUGACAUGCUUGAACGACUCUGGCUGUCUGGGAUCUGUCAUAAUGAUAAGAUUGAGGUCAUGAGUUCCAAACUGGACAUAGACAAUAUGGCAGGAGUCUUCUAUAUGCUUCUGGUUGCCAUGGGCCUAAGUCUGCUGGUGUUUGCAUGGGAGCAUCUUAUCUAUUGGAAGCUCCGCCACUGUUUGGGCCACUCUGGAGGACUGGACUUCCUUCUGGCUUUCAGUCGGGGAAUGUACAGCUGCUGCAAUUUUGAGGAUGAAACAGCUCCUGGAUGUUCCCAAAGCACACUUCCUCAAUAUCAUCAUGUUUCCACAGUUCCUCCUCCUCCACCGCCUCAUGUGAUCUCUACAGCCGUGGCCAAUCCUCCCAUCGCUAUGGCACAACAACAACAGCAGCAACAACAGAAGCAACACCACCAGCAGCCACCAAUAUACAGUGCUCUUCUUCCUGGCUCCCCUCCUUCAGUUGGACAUUCUGGAAUGGCUCUAGGCCCGUCAAACAGUCCCAUUCUUGGAGCACCCAUGCCUUGCUCUACAUUCCUACCACGGCAUGAUCGUCGAUUAGCUGUGGUGGAUCGGUGGACACGUCCAAAGGUUGGUCCUGAGAAGCUUGGUUGUGUGAGCAGUGGGAUGCCAAACUUAACACAAUUCGAAGGCAUGCCCCCUCACUGGGGGGCAGAAAUAAGUUUAGGAGAGGGGGGUCUGGAUGAGUACAAGCGAUACUAUGGGCCAAUUGAUCCAGAAGGCUUAGGGGUCUCUGCUGAACCUCAAAACGUAGUCACCCAAACUCCAAAAACAAAGCAUCGAGGGAUGAAAUCUUCUGGAAACCCACGGUUACCUCCUAAAGGUCAAGCCUCUGGACACUUACAAAUUAACCAUGCUUUGCCACAUCCCUCUCCACCUAAGCAAUCUAUCUGUAGGAGAAGCAGCUUCUCAAAAAGGAAGGGCUCAGGUGGGCCACUCUACGAAAACAUCCUUCCACUCGGAAGGAGAUGUGGUGGGAGAUAUGGAAUGAGAGAUGCCGGUGGGAGAAGAGGACGUCGUCCUCCUCCCCUUCCUCUGCCUAUACCUGUGCCCCUCUCUUCCCCAACACAGACUCCGCCCUCACCUUCUCCAUCUAUAUGCUACACAUCCACUUCGUCCAGCAGCUCCAGUACCUCCAGUUCAUCCUCUUCUUCAGAAUCAGUCUCCCGAUCCAAUUCUCCUUCAUCUUCAUCAUCGUACACAUCAUCCCAGAGCUUUAGAUACAGAGCAGAUGAACGAGAUGUGUAUGAGGACUAUGACACAGAUGAGCUUACAGAGGAGUCGAGCUUGCUUUUGGGGAGGAGAAAAAGUCGUUCACGUAUGUCCUCUCGAUCCCUGCCCAGCAGUCCUCCACCACCACCUAUACCACCCCGUAAACCUUGCGGACAGAGGGCACUGGUGAGAGACAGAGCAGGAAGCCAGAUUGCACAGCUUCAAGAGUGGUGGGCCUCUUGGGGAGAGAAAGAAAAGGCUAGAAGAGCAGCUGGAGAUAAAGAUGUUAAGGAAGAGAAACGACAACAUAAAGAAAGGGAAAGAGAGAGAAAGAGGAGGAAGAAGGGUAGAAAGAAAAAGAAGAGAGAAGAGCGUGAAAGAGAAAGGGAGCGUAAAAGACGUAAGGUGAAAAAGAAAAAGAAAAAAGAGGAGAAAUCAAGAAGAAGGGAGAGGGAAAAACGAUCUGAACAAGAGGAGGUAGAUAUGGACAGGAAAGAUGUCUUUGAAAAAGGUAUAGGACAGGAAUACUCUUCUUAUCCUGCUCUGAGGCGAAGCUCUUUCCGAAAAAAGAGCGAAAGCUCUACAAGGAGUUAUGAGUGGGAUAAUAUCAGAGAUGGAGUUAAGAGAGAUAGGGAUGAUCAAGGUGGAGAAGAUGAAGAAGGCAGUAGAGUAAAGGAAAGGCAUAAGAGAAGCCCAAAAUCACAACGCCACUCCAGGCCAAGGUCCAACAACAAGCAUUUUUCUAGCUCAAACAAACCUUCUUCAACUGUCAAAUUUUGGAGUAGUGGGAACCCAACUUCUGAUUCGCCAUUGUCUUUUGUACCCUUGCUUCCCAUAUCUAAAAGACGAAAGUCUGUAGGAGCUGAAAGAGAUGAGCAAGGAAGAGGUGGAGAGAGUCGGCCCCUUUUGGGAAAAAACAAGAGAGUUAAGCCUUGCUCAAGAGAAGGCCUGUCAUUUCACGAAUGGGAUUCAGAGGAAGAAGAAGAUGAGGAAUCUGAAGUGGAAAGAAGCAGGCCAGAAGAACAGGGGCGACGACGAGAAAGCAGAGGAAUGGACUCUGAAUCUGAAAGGGAUAGAGAAAAAGCUAUUGAGAUAUACACAGAUGAUGAGGGUUCCUCAGGAGAGUUUGGUAAGUUUGAGAGAUAUUGGGAGGGUCACGAAGGGAGGGCAGUUGGAGGCAUUGGAGGAGGAGGAUGGUUCUUUGGCACCUACCCUUCCAGAGAAAGAGGAGGCAGUAUAAACAGUAGAGAUGACUCCUUUUUGGGGUGGGGUGGUGGAGAAAGUGUCCUGGGUUUCAGAGUGGGAACAGGGUGGGGAUCAGGAGGCUUAGGUUCAAACAAGUGGCCUCCAACUCCACUGACUCCGCCACCUCCUCGAAAAUACUGGUCUGUUGAUAAAUUACCAGUGAAGACUGAAAAUAAAUCUAAAAGCAGAUCUCAAGAGAAGAGCCGCACCCACACAUCCUGUUCCUGCCAGUCACCCCAUCACUCUGCCAGCACUCACUCCAACUGGAAUCGGGUGACUUCAAGGAGUCAGGAGGAGCUUCUCCCCCACUGCCACAGUUUCAGCAGCAGUGUAAGACCCAAACGGCAAUCAUCCAAAACGGAUCGGGCUCAGAGCCAGGCAAAAUCUGGAAGCCAAUCCAAUCUCAGUGCACAAAGACCACAGCGCUCAGACCGGUCGCGACAACCACCAUCCCCUCCUCAGAGUCUACCGCCAUCUUUACCCCCACCAAUGGUCCCUGCACUCCCAGCCCCACCCUCUUCCUCUCACCAUAUACAUAUACCUCCACCUACCUCCUCUUCAUCAGUUUCCUCCCCUUCGGUUGUCUCAUCUACUCCUGGUGCCCCACAGCCCUCCUCUUUGUCCUCCUCUAGUGCUAAGCUCCAGUAUCAGAAACUGCGAUCGGUUCCCCAACCCCAACGGUAUCAAUCCCCACAUCUUCCCCUCAAAACCAAGAGCCUGUGCUCUCGUCGAGGCUCUGCCCACUUCUCCAGUGUGGAGAGCGAGGUCUGAGGAACAUAAUUAAAUGAGGAACAUCAGCAAGUAGCCCCUAGGGGUGAUCAAAUCACCUGCUCAUCCCACAAACUGUUAACUGUUCAUAGCAGUCGAGAUGGGUUGUUUUCGCUGGCAGCCAUCUUUUGCACAAAGCUCUAAUGCUCAGAGACAAACCUGGAUUGGGAUGUCACAUAAAUUGUAGCCCUUUCUCUUUACUUGUGUAAGAAUGGAAUACUGCCAUGCUGACAAAUCUUAUUGUUAGUGAGGCUGUUUGUAUAGGAUUGGCUUUGCUUUUCUUACUUCUUUGGGGCUUUAAGGUGGAGCGUCAAUAAUGUGGGUAAAUGUGAUUUUUUUUUCUUGGAGUGUUUUGCUGCUUGAUGGCUCAGGAAUGAUUUUUCGAAGGGAGAUUGUGAGGUCAAAAUACAAAGCCCUAACGCAACACACCCAUCACUUUUUUUUCUCUCCUGCUCUCAGAGCUCUGAAUCACAAUGUAAUUGUUGUGUAUAUUUGUUCAAAAUAUCUCAAGGGACGCACUCACAAAGGAAAGUAGCAAACCAUUUUUCUUGACCUCCACCUUCCGCAAACUGAUAUCUAGCAUUCUGUGUUGUUGUCAGUGUUUGUAUUCCUAGCAACAGGGUAAGUUAGCCAUGACUGAUCACAUAUUGGCUUACUGAAGCUGAAUGCCAAACUAAAAGUGGAGCUGAUGUACAGUCCUGUUCUAUUGAAAUAAUUUCACAGGUCCUCAUGUUUCAUUCUCGUCCCUUGAGCAAUACAUAAUUAACUACAAACAACAUACAAUACAUAUAUUUUAUAUUUAAAGUUAUUUUAUUAUAUAUAUUAUAUAUGUUUUGUGAUCUAGUUCAAAACAGUUGUGUUGAGUUAUUAAAAUAAUGUAAGCACUGUGCUGUAUUACUGUAGGGCACAUGCAAUGUUUCAACUACCUAUAAUCGGUGGCAAACCUUCCCCUCUCGACUGAAUGUACAUGUUGCCAUGACAACACAGUGUGCUGCAACCAAGACACUUUUAAGAUCUUAGCUUUCUCGGGGGAGACCUUCUCAUCGGAGCCAGUUAGGGUAACUUUGAAUGCUAAUUUUGAGAAUGCCAGGAUAACAGGGCUAGCCAUACUGCAGCACUGUACUCGCUAACCGAGAUGUCAGUGAGAGAUGAAAGACAUGUCAUCAUUCAGAGAGCGAUAAGCGAAGGAGAGCACUGUUUACAGUUUAACACUGUGUUUUUACACCUUUUUUACAAGCUGCUCUGCUCUGCCAUUUAUUAGCUUCGGACACGAUACUCAUAUUUGCUUAGCAAUUUUGCUUAAGCUGUACAAGUAGUAGCAACAAUAAUCUGGUCAAAUGAGAGCAAAAUAGAGUUGCAGUUUUAUGCUUUUACUAGACAUAUCUGUUAAAUAAAAAAAAGAAAGAAAGAAAGCCAGAUCAAGUUUUACUUUGAGGAACUGUGAGGAAAAGACUGAUUAUAUCUUUUGUUUAAUUUAGCUUUCACCAUUAGCCAAAAGCUAGCAUCUUUAUAGUGGUCGCUAUAAUUAACUGUGAAUAUUGCUAAGGGCAAUGCGUGUUGGCAGCAGGUCUGAGUCAACUAUGUUUCAUUUUAUUUAUUUUGUUUAUACACUAUUUAAAAUGCGCUGUCUUUCAAAGUUUCUUUUUUUUUCAUAUUACUGGAUUUUGUAAUUGUGUUGUCUUGACAAAGCUAUAGCAUACUAUAACUACAAAAAAAUCCCAACACCUUUCUGAAGUAAUCGGAGUAUGUUCAUGCUACAUCCAUCCAAUCCUUCAGGCUGUUCUGACCAGUGCUGGGGGUAACACAUUACAAGUAAUGCAAGUUAUGUAAUCAGAUUACUU